CGGGGCGGGGAGCUCGCGCCCUCAGGGCCCGCUGGUUGCCGAGGCGAGCGCGCUUUCCUCCAGUGCGCAGCUCCCCCAGCUCGCCUUCUUGCUUCGGUACUGUAACAGAGGAGAAAGAGAACACGGAGCCGUGAUCUCCCUGCAGUUUGCCGAGUUUCUCUCCUGCCUGCUUUUGCCAUGAUCAAGCACUUGGCAGAGGACGUGCAAGCCAGGCUGCGCUCUGGAGUGGCGGUCACCUCGCUGGGGCAGUGUGUUGAGGAGCUUGUCUUCAACAGCAUCGAUGCCAAAGCAACGUGUGUAGCUGUUAGGGUGGAUUUGGAAGCUUUUAAGAUCCAGGUGGUGGAUAAUGGCUCCGGCAUGGGGAGAGAUGAGUUAAGUAAAAUGGGAAAGCGGUACUUCACUAGUAAGUGCAGCUCAGUGGCAGACUUAGAGAAGCUGACAUUCUACGGCUUCAGAGGGGAGGCUCUGGCAAGCAUAGCAAACAUGGCCAGUGUUGUGGAAGUUUCAUCUAAGAGCAGCAAGACAGCAAAAACUUUUGUGAAACUGUUUCACAAUGGGCAUGCACUGGAAGUCUGUGAAGCUGAAUUGAGCAGGCCAAGUGGCGGAACGACAGUGACCGUGUGUAAUCUGUUCCAUCAGUUACCAGUGAGGAGGAGGUGCAUGGAUCCUGUGCUGGAAUUUGAGAGGGUGAGGCAGAAAGUAGAGGCUAUAUCAUUGAUGCAUCCCUCUGUUUCACUUUCUUUAAGGAAUGAUAUUUCUUGUUCUAUGGUGCUUCAGCUCCCUAAGACAAGAGACGUUUACUCUCGUUUUUGUCAAAUAUAUGGGCUGGGCAGAUCUCAGAAGUUAAGAGAAAUAAAGCAUAAGUCUGGGGGAUUUGAGAUAAGUGGUUACAUCAGUACUGAAGGACAUUACAAUAAGAAUAUGCAAUUCUUGUAUGUCAAUAGAAGGCUUGUUUUAAAGACAAGACUACAUAAACUGAUUGACUUUUUAUUAAGAAAAGAAAGUGUCAUUUGUAAGGCAAAAAGUGUCCCUGUGAGCAGACAGGGUUCCUCAAGUCCUGGUCGCCUUCGUUGUGGCCCAGAGUUGUACGGGAUCUUUGUUCUCAAUGUGACCUGUGCGUACAGUGACUACGAUGUGUCUCUGGAACCUGCAAAAACUCUGAUUGAGUUCCAGAACUGGGAUGUUCUUCUAGCUUGUGUAGAGGAAGGAGUGAAAAUGUUUUUGAAACGAGAACAUUUAUUUGUUGAACCUUGUUGUGAGGACAUCAAAGAGUUUAAUGAGGAUAAUAAUUUUUGUUUGCGUAAUGCUCCAGUUACGAAAUCCACACUCCCUGAGGAUAAGAGCAUCCAAGAAAACUUUCAGAAAGCAUGUGAUGAAAUUAUAGAUUCCUAUGAAGUGUGUAAAUUGCAAUCAAAAGAUGUCAAAAGAAAAUCCAUAGUGGGAAAAAAAUCUUCAAAUCCUACAGAGUCAAAUACACAGGAAACUGAAAUUUCCUCAAAUCAGAAGAUUGUUGAACUCUCUGGUCAAUGUAGAAACAAAAAAGCAGAGAUUCCACUGUCCAAGAAAGAUGACACCACUUCUAAUUUCAUUAUAUCUGAUAUGUUGGAACAGGAGCCAAAAGACACAAUCAGUUCCCAAAAACGGUGUGAUACUCAUCUGAAAUCUUCAGAAACUCUCCAUUCCUCUCUGACUGAAGGAGCCAGAUCAGAAAUAAUGAAAAAAGGCAGUUGUGAUGACUUGCGGCGUUGUGCUGAGAAUUGUGCAAAAGGCGUAGGAAGCCAGCAAGACAAAGUUGUGCAGAAAAGCAAUACGCUUUGUAUCUCAAAUAAUACUUCUACUUGGUGGCCAUCUGAGAGAGAAGACCCUACUGAAACAGCAGGGGAAUCUGAAACUGUCUAUGGAAAUUCAUUGAUAAGACUACCUCAUGUAAGAGAAGGAGACAGGGAAACAACUGAAGUAAUAGAUAAUGCUGGAAGAGGGACUGUUAGUUCAGUACCAGAAAAAGUGCGUUCUCACUUCAGCCUCAAAACGUGUAUCAUGCAAAAUGAGCCACCCCGUGAACAUAAACAAACAGAAACAAAUCUUGCAUUAAACAUGCGCUGUAGGGCUUGUCCUGUGAGUGCCAAGCACACUUCCAUGCACAAAAUGAGUUUGCCGAUUCAGUCUUUAAAUGCUAAGUAUGUUUCCAGUAACGUGAAUAAAGAAUAUAUACAUCUCUGCAGCAGAGAAGUUGGCACGGCUGAUGGAAAUGAAAGGUCAGAGAAUAGGAGUUUGCCAAGUCAAGCACGUGAUGGGAGAGACGUGUCCAUUGCUACCAGUAAAAGACAUUAUGAAACAUCAAAUGUGUCAGACUUGCCACUGGCAACAUCUUCAGGUAUUCCUCACAGUAAAGCUGUAAAAAGCCCUAGAAGGCAAUUAGCUGAGCCAAGAUCACAGCCUUGCAAGAAGCUGAGCCUGUCUACGCAGCUGGGUUCAUUAGAAAAGUUCAGGAGAUAUUAUGGGCGUGUUAAGUGUACGCUACCAACACCAUCACCAGAGCAGAGUGAGUUUUGUCUCCCAGUUUCCAAUGUACAAGCUAAUUGCGACUUUUCAAGGAGUCAGAAUAACAGUCAUGGUCGCUUGAACAUUUGUGAGACUCCAACUUUGGAUUCUAAUAAUAACAGCCAUGUUUUGAGAUCUUUGGAUGAAGUUUUACUCUGCAGUGGAGAAACUUCACUGGACAGACAAGCCCUUUGUCGCAGCCCUUUGACGUUGUCUGAUUACUCAGAGGUUAGUAAAAAAACUGUGAGUAGUCAAAGAUCUCCAGGAUCCCUAUCAUCCAAACUGCGCCAAAUGAAAAGUGAUCACCGAGCAGUGAAACAGUUGGGUGAACAACUCCAAACAGAUUCAAGUAGAAAAGAUAACCACUCUUUUGAUCUUGAAUCUUCAAGUAAUGAUUUUUUGUAUAACCCUUGUCAAAGGUAUAAAUCUUCAGUGGAAGAAAUGAGGGAAGGUUGCAGCAUUUCUAAGAGGGAUGCUUGCCCACAGUCAGAUGAUUUGAGAGCAGAGUCCAUGAAAUGUACUGUUAGCCUGUCACCACUCAGCAGUACUGAAGGAGAGUACACAAUCUCUGCAAGCAGCGUUUUACCAUUUCCAGCAGAAAAAGAUGGCAUUGACAUCAUCUGUGAAGAUGAAAGGAUGUUAGAUGAAUCAUCAAAACAAAAUGUGAAAGAUCCUGAGGUUCAUUGCAUGACUUUCCCAAGUAACUUGGCAUUCUCUGGGGAUAAUGCAAGAACAGGUGAUCCCAGAGAUGAUUUGCGUAAUUCAGACUGGCUGCAAGAUUUUGAUGCUUUAUUGGGUAAGACAAUCUACAUCAAUAAAGCAACAGGACUGAGCACCUACAACACUCCUCCUGAAGAGUUUCCAGCUGCCUGCAUUAAAGAUUUAACAACAAUGACCGUGAAUGUUGUCUCAGAGAAUGGUGGUGAAGGCGAGUCUCUGCAGUCCAUGCUUUCAGAAUGGGAUAACCCUGUUUUUGUUCGCUGCCCAGAGAUAGCUGUUGAUGUGACCAGCGGUCAGGCUGAGAAUCUUGCUGUGAAAAUUCAUAAUAUUUUGUAUCCUUAUCGUUUUACCAAAGACAUGAUUCAUUCAAUGCAGGUUCUUCAGCAAGUGGACAAUAAAUUCAUUGCUUGUGUAAUCAACACCAGGAAUGAAAUGGAUAAAAAGGAAGGUGGAAACCUGUUGGUUUUGGUGGACCAACAUGCAGCUCAUGAACGGAUCCGCCUGGAGCAGCUUAUUGCAGAUUCCUAUGAGAAGGAAGCUACCGCAUGCGGCAAAAAGAAAUUUCUGUCUUCCUCUGUCUCUCCCCCUUUAGAGAUUGAAGUUACAGAAGAACAAAGAAGAAUUCUAUGGUGCUGCUACCAAAAUUUGAAGGAUCUGGGCCUUGAAUUAUCAUUUCCUGAGACCAACAACUCCUUGAUUCUAGUGAAGAAAGUGCCACUGUGUUUUACAGAAAGAGAGGCCAAUGAACUACGACGGAAAAGACAACCUGUCAAUAAAAGCAUUGUGGAGGAGUUUAUUAAGGAACAAGUUGAGCUAGUGCAGACCACGGGAGGAGCACGAGGGACAAUGCCUCUGACAUUUCUGAAGGUGUUAGCUUCCCAAGCCUGUCACGGAGCUAUUAAGUUUAAUGACAGUUUGACUUCAGAAGAGAGCUGUCGGCUCAUGGAAGCUUUGUCAUCUUGCCAGCUGCCCUUCCAGUGUGCUCAUGGAAGACCAUCCAUGAUGCCCCUUGCAGACAUUGACCAUCUACAGCAGGAAACGCAGGCUAAACCUAACUUGGCAAGACUGCGGAAAAUGGUGCGAGCAUGGCAACUGUUUGGAAACAAAGACCCUAACCUAAAAAGGUAAGACUGCAAACUGCAGAUUCCAUAAGUGUUGGCACGAUCCAGGUUCUCUUGUUGUUAAAUAACAUCUUGUGUGGAGCAAUGUUCUCAAGCCAGCGCAGUAACCAAAGUUUUGCCCUGAGCACUGACCUAAGAAGAGACCAGCCAGAAGAACGUGGCAGAAGCCCACUCAUGGAGCUUGGAGAAGCAUCUUCAGCACUAAGGAACUGUGUUGUAAACCUGAGUCACAUGUCAGUGCUUGACUAUUGAUGUCAAGAAGUUGCAUCCAGUCACAGUUACUGCAAGCAUGGCCAGAGACUUUUAAUUAAUGUAUUUUAGAGUGUUUGAAAUGGAAGAGGUAUUUAUUAAUAAAAUUAAUUAAACUUUC